CAAUUAUUUUUGUAUUCCACAGAGUAUUAUCAUAUUAACUGUUCUGUACAGAUAAUGACCAGACUCACGUUACAAAUGCUGGUUAACAAUCCAAUAAAUUUAGUUUAGAUUGUUUCACAAAAGUAGUGCGCUAGUCUUUUACUAGUCGGGUAUUAGCAGACCAAUAUUGACUUCAUCAGCACAGGCAAAUGGCUGCUGCAAGAAAACGUACGCUAUCUGGAUUUGAAGAUGUGAUAGAUGGAAAAACAACGAUUUUCAAAGACAGCGGCGAGAAGAUACACGUUGCAGCCCUGAUCCUAGCUAGGGGAGGCAGUAAGGGGAUCCCCCUGAAGAAUAUAAAAGUUCUGGCCGGCGUCCCGCUCAUCGGAUGGGUUCUGAGAGCUGCGGUAGAUUCCAAACAGUUUGACAGUGUGUGGGUAUCAACUGAUCAUGAUAACAUUGAGAAGGUGGCCAAGGCAUGGGGAGCUCAGGUUCACCGCAGGAGCCCAGAGGUGUCCAAAGACUCCUCCAGCUCUCUCGACACUAUCCAGGAAUUUGCCCGGUUAAACCCAGAGGUGAAUGUGAUCUGUCACAUCCAGGCUACGUCUCCCUGCUUGCACCCCUUCCACCUGAAGGAGGCCCUGGAGUUGAUCACCAAUCAGGGCUUCACGUCUGUGUUCGCCGUGGCCCGGCAACACCACUUCCGCUGGCAGGAGGUCAAGAAAGGAGGUAGUGUAGCCACCAAGCCACUGAACCUUGACCCGUCUAACAGGCCCCGGAGACAGGACUGGGAUGGAGAGCUGUGUGAGAACGGAUCUUUCUACAUUCAUACCAGAGCGACAAUAGAGAAAGGCCUGCAGGGGGGAAAGUGGGCUUACUAUGAGAUGCUGCCAGAGUACAGUGUGGAUAUUGAUGUGGAUAUCGAUUGGCCCGUGGCAGAACAGAGAGUACUGAGGUUUGGUUACUUUGGCCUGGACAAGCCUGAGGCGGUGCGUCUGCUGCUGUGUAACGUCUCCGGCUGUCUGACUGACGGCCGCGUCCUCAUCUCUGUCUCUGGAGAGGAGAUGGUCUCUGUCAACACCAGAGACACCACGGGUAUCCGCAUGCUGCAGGGAGAGGGCGUGGAGGUGAUCCUGAUCUCGUCCAGUGAGGACCUGACCAAGGCCUUGGCUGACAAGCUGUCCCAGAGAACGGGCUGCGAGGUCAGACAGCUGGGCAAGGACAUCCAGGGCGAGGCCAAAGCCAUGAUGGACGACAGGGAUCUGGGCUGGAAGGAAGUCGCCUAUAUGGGUAACGAUGCACCAGAUGUUGACUGUCUGAACCUCGCUGGGCUGAGUGCAGUACCCCGGGAUGCCCCAGUGGUGGCAAUCAAUGCUGCUAAAUACUCCUGCCACAAUGUUGCAGGCCUCGGGGCUGUGAGGGAGUUUUCGGAACUCAUCCUGCUGCUCAAGAAGAAGGCCAAGUCUCAGAUGGAACAGGACCGCAUCCACAGAGAUACAUUCUAAACUCUAGAAUGUGUUCUAAAGUCACAGAGAUACAUUCUAAACUCUAGAAUGUGUUCUAAAGUCACACAGAGAUACAUUCUAAACUCUAGAAUGUGUUCUAAAGUCACAGACAUGCAUUCUAAACUCUAGAAUGUGUUCUAAAGUCAGAGAUACAUUCUAAACUCUAGAAUGUGUUCUAAAGUCACAGACAUGCAUUCUAAACUCCAGAAUGUGUUCUAAAGUCACAGAGAUACAUUCUAAACUCCAGAAUGUGUUCUAAAGUCACAGACAUGCAUUCUAAACUCUAGAAUGUGUUCUAAAAUCACAGACAUGCAUUCUAAACUCUAGAAUGUGCUCGAACUCUAAUCUGGCUCAGAUAUGUUCUGAACAAAGAGUUGCAUUCUUGAAGCUUGAGUGCCAGUCUGUUUUUACUCGUUUUCCAGCUCCUUGUCAUUCCAAACAUAUUUGGCAUUACAAUUCCAAAAAGAGUUAACUAGAGAGCAGAAACAGACGGGCACUCAGGCUAUUUUAUUCUAGACUAUCAGACAAACCUAAACCUGUGCCAAAGAUUAGGCUAAAUGACCUUGAAGCUUAUUGACAAUCCUCAAUACUUUCUCUGGAGUAUUUACUCACUUUCAGGCACGUAGCUCAGGUUGAGGUGUUUUUUUGCAGGUUGUCAGAUCGAGGUAGUUUUAGUUUUACAGGUAGUGUUGACAAAUACAGUCAGUGUGUCUAUAGAUAUAUAUUAGUAUAUACACUGCAUGGACAAUUUAGGCAAGUGAGUAUUCUGAUAUUAUUUCAAUGCACAUUUUCCAACUCCCAAACUAUAUAAACUUGAAUGCUUAUUGGAUUGAAUUAUAUUUGUGUAAUGAGGGAGGAUGUGGCGAAAGUGAAUAACACCUGGUCCCCCUGGAGCACAAGGUUGUAGAUUCAUAUAAACUCAGCAACAAAAAAAGGUCCGUCCUCACUGUCAACUGUGUUUAUUUUCAGCAAACUUAACAUGUGUAAAUAUUUGUAUGAACAUAACA